UAGGCUUAGUAGUCUGCGCUGGCUUCAGUGUUAUUCCUAGCUGAAUGUAUUUCGUGACGAGUGUUGUUUUGUCCGUGUGUGGACAAAAAGUUAACUUUAUAUUUUAAUGUUAUUGUUUCAUUUUCAAGUUGUAUUGUAUAACUACCCAAGUAAGUCAUAGUGCUUUAAGCUGUUGAAAGUAUUUGACUAGUAAAACAAAGUUUUCGAUGGGACCGUCCUGUGCUCGCUCUCGGAAGUUCUUUCAAGAUGGCGGAAAAUGCCAAACAAGUUGCCCGUCUUGGAGGCAGCUAUAGCCUUAGUUCUUUCUAUUUCGCGUGUGACGAUAUGUUUGGAUUUGCAUGAUUCACAAUAAUCGAAGGUUAGAAAAAGGCACCUAGAAAUCUAAUUUCUAUUCUUGAUCUUGCAGGUCUGUGAUUACCCUGACCUUGGACACAAUUUUUUCAAAGUGAAUGAACUUGUGAUUAAGAAUUGCUAUAGUGAGUGAAACAAUGUGGUGGAUCAUCAGUGCAGUUUUCUGGCCAUGUCAAUUUCAUUAAAGACUAUGGGCCUACCAGUAUGAGCCCUGGAGCUGAAACUAGCAUGAGCAACGCAGUUGGAAACUUGAAAGCCGAUCGGACAGGCUACCACUUGAAAGCCCUGCAAGAAAUUCGCAACUCUCUCAAACCUUUUGCCACUGAAAACAGCAGUCCUUUGCCUACAUUACAAAAAGAUGGACACAUUUCCUACCAGCAACAUCUCUACCCCUACUCAUCUUCUUCUUCAGGCUACAUAGAGCAUGAAAAUGGAAGCGACGGUUACAUGCAACGUUCCGAUGCCCAGAUUCUGCAACGCUCUGCUACGACAGGAGCGUUUCCGCCGUCAACGGGACAACAGGUACACCGGAAACCAAGUUUUGAGCGGGAACCAAGGAGCAGCCCGGCUUUCGACACGAGUUCGGCCGCUUCGUCCAACCGCUCUGAUAGUCCGGCUGCGUACUUUAACGGCCUAGGCCUCGUUCGUGGUCACGUAGCACCUGAAGCGCCGCCCUAUUCAUCACGGAAUGCCUACCCGUCCGCAUCAGACCCACCACCUCCACCACCACCGCCUCGAGGUGCCACUCCGCCGCCACCUCCUUUACCUCCACCUCCAUCCAGCGCAUCUAAAACCACCAGCAACCAACAUUAUCCCAGCAACUUCCAACAGAUGCUUAAGCGGAUGUCGCCCGUGCCUAAUGCACCUCCUAUUCCGGGACCCCGCGGGACCAGUCCUGCUCCGGCUCUUCCUCCCGGCCGGCUCCAGCCGUUGGUCGUUCAAAAUGGGCCCCAAGCUCAAGCACAGCUGACGCAGCAGAUGCAAGCCCUCAACCUGUACCAACAGCAACAACCCAGCAACGGUAGUAGUCCAUUGCCACCGUCAUCAGCCCCGCCCCCUCCUUAUCCAACCGGAUCAGCCUCAAAGUUAGUGGCUCCUCCUCCACCUUAUCGAGGACCCGAUCCUGGAUUAUCUAAUCGACAAAGUCCGACUCUUCCAAGCCCAACUGGAAAGAGUCCUGCUCCCUUCCCGCCACCGACGUCGUCGUCGUCGGUGCAAUCCGCAGGGAGAUGCCCACCCAAUCCAGCUUGGCCGCCCCGUCAAACACCGAUAAUCAUGCAAUCGGUCAAAAGCACGCAGGUUCAAAAGCCAAUAUUACAAACAGCAGUGGCACCUUCAGGGCCUCCGCAAUCAUCGAGUUCGCCUCCCCCACCACCCAUACCAGUCCGUUCUAAUCCAGCCGUUUCUGCAUCGCCACCACCACCUCCACCUCCCUACUCCUCAUCUGGUUAUGCAUCGAGUAGUUGCCCAUCGCCAUCGUCAUACGCGCCUAUGGCUUCUCCAAGUCCGUUGUCCUUCGCCAGCACACCUUCUCCAGUUCCGAGCAGUCCGGCACCGGUCCCGACAACUGAUCCACCAAGUUAUGCGUCCACCAUGCAGGCCUUGGCUGCUCAAAGACAGCAUGGGACGACCCCCACUAACGCCACGAAUGCCCUUGCCGUCAAUGGAUAUAAUUUAUCCGCAACACCUCCGCCGCCCCCACCUUAUCCUUCCUCUAUGGCAAAUGGUGGAACUGGACUCGCGCAGCAGGUGGAAUCGCAAAAUUCGCCUCAUGGUCAGCUACCUCCCAAGCCUGGGCAGCGUCGAUUUUCACCGUUGACUCUGGAGGCGCCAUCUUCGCGCUCAGAAAGCCCAAUGUCAUCGUCAGCAGCGUCGCAGUGCGAUUCGGGACGCCACGGAGGGCCAAGCCAAUCACCAGUGAGUUUUGUUUCGUCUUCAGCGCCGUCAGAGGGAACGCAAGAUUCUGGUCUGGGAAUGAGCACGAAGAAUGAUGUGAAUGGCCACGGUGCACCGUCUACUGCCAAUGGAGAGGAUGGUAAAGAUGAUAUGCCACCUCCUCCACCCCCUCCAUAUAAGCUGACACAUCAGUCACCCAUCCCCGAAAGGAAACACAUAUCUCGGGAACGCGAAGAAGAAAGAAGAGAAUCUAGUGUACGCAACUAUUCCCCACAGGCUUUCAAAUUCUUUAUGGAGCAACAUGUUGAGAACCUUCUCAAGUCGCAUCAACAGCGAAUGGAACGCCGUAUGCAACUGGAAACGGAGAUGAAGAAAAUUGGUCUGUCUGAAGAGGCUCAGUGUCAGAUGAGGCGGAUGCUCUCUCAAAAGGAAUCCAAUUACAUCCGUUUGAAAAGAGCCAAGAUGGACAAAGCUAUGUUUGUGAAAAUCAAAGCAAUCGGAGUGGGAGCGUUUGGUGAAGUGGCCCUUGUUCGUAAAAUUGACACCAAUAACCAUCUGUACGCUAUGAAAACGUUACGAAAAACAGACGUACUGAAGCGUAAUCAGGUGGCUCACGUCAAAGCCGAACGAGACAUUUUGGCGGAAGCCGAUAACGAGUGGGUUGUCAAGCUAUAUUACUCGUUCCAGGACAAAGAUAACCUCUACUUUGUCAUGGAUUACAUCCCUGGCGGUGAUUUAAUGUCACUUCUAAUCAAAUUGGGAAUCUUCGAAGAGCAUCUUGCCAGGUUCUAUAUCGCUGAAUUAGUAUGCGCCGUAGAAAGCGUACAUAAAAUGGGUUUCAUUCAUCGUGAUAUCAAACCGGACAACAUUCUCAUCGAUCGCGAUGGCCACAUCAAGUUGACUGACUUUGGUCUCUGUACCGGAUUCCGCUGGACGCACAAUUCGAAAUACUAUCAACGCAACGGCGAUCAUUCACGACAGGAUUCUUUUGAUCCGGGAGAGGAUUGGACAAACGAGUGCCGUUGCAACAAUGCUGUUGGUGGUAACUGCAACUCUUUGGGAACGACGCACAUAACGGGUCAUCCACCUGUGCUAAAAACUCUUGAAAGACGUCGGCGACGUGAACACCAACGCUGCCUGGCACAUUCACUAGUAGGAACACCCAAUUACAUCGCACCAGAAGUGCUCCUUCGAACAGGCUAUACACAACUCUGCGAUUGGUGGAGUGUGGGCGUUAUUCUGUAUGAAAUGUUAGUUGGCCAGCCACCUUUUAUGGCUAAUACUCCCGCCGAAACUCAAUACAAGGUUAUCAACUGGUCGACAACGUUGCAGAUCCCUAACUAUGCAAACCUGUCUCCGGAAGCUGCUGAUUUAAUUGUGCGUCUCUGUACGUCGGCUGAUCAGCGAUUGGGCAGAGGCGGUGCCGGUGAAUUGAAAGCUCACCCCUUCUUUAAUGGCGUCGACUUUGAGGGCGGCCUUCGAAGCAAAACAGCCCCCUACAUCCCUAAAAUUCGUUUUGCCACCGACACGUCGAAUUUUGAUCCGAUCGUGCCGGACAAGCUGCGGAACAGUGCCGAUGAAGACAAGAUGGACAAUACGUUGGAUAACGGAAAACACCCGGUCCAUGCUUUCUUUGAAUUCACUUUCCGGCGCUUCUUCGACGAUGGCGGUCAUCCUCGGAUGAAUCCCGAGGACAAUGAAGCCAAUCACGGGCCCGUCUACGUCUAAGACGUUGAGCUCAUUUGUGUAUACGUUUGUGUGAUCAAUUCACGCUCCACUGCCCUCACUGGAAAACAUAAUCGGUGAGGUUCCAACCAACCAAACCAAAACAAAGCUUUUUUCCCUCUCUACAGUUUUUAAAAAGGCAGGCGCUUUCGAAUUGUUAAAUAUGAAGGCAGCAAAAUUCCAUUCGGUUUUGACGUAGCAGCAGCUUUUAAUGCUGUAUUAACCGACUGUUCCGCAGAGGAACUGAAUCUCGCGAUGUUGCUGCCGUCUCCCCUAGAUCACAGUUUCCCAAAGAAUACUCGGCCCCACCGUUUUUUUGAAACGCAAAUCAAAUUGCGAGCCUUUUUCGUCUUUUUCGAAAUAUUUCGAGUUGGUGGGUGAUGGGUUGAGGAAUUUUGACUUUUUUUUUUUUUUGCUGCCUUUAGAAUCAUGAUUUACGUUACUAUUGAAUGCCAGUGUAUCGAAACAAAAAAUUUAAAAAAAUAAAAAAACCUUUCUCUUUUGGGAAGGCCUCUGA